AAAUCCCAUAUGAAACAUUUUAUUUGAGUUGAGAUUGUUCAAUUUCAAAAAUAUAGAUGGGAAACUUUUUGGAAAAACCGGUUACCGACAAACGAAAUUUUCAUGGUGAGGGUAACAGUUUGCGUUACGGAGUCGGGAGUAUGCAAGGCUGGAGGACUGAAAUGGAGGACGCUCAUUUCAGCAAGAUCGGACUCGGAGAGGGCUAUGAAAACUGGUCUUUCUUCGGCAUAUUCGAUGGGCACGGUGGCAGCACCGUUUCACACUAUUGUGCAGAAAAUCUUCUUAAAUGCAUCAUGGCUACAUCCGAGUUCAGUGAAGGUGCUAUAAGGGAAGCGAUUAUAGCCGGAUUUCAGAAUCUGGACUCUGAUCUGUUGAAAAAGCCGGAGUUUUCAAGCGGCGAAGACAAAGCCGGGUCGACAGCCAUCUGUGCUUUGAUAAACUCUACUAACAUUUAUAUUGCCAAUCUCGGAGACUCUAGAGGUAUCCUCAGUAAAACUUCGGCUCAGUGCUUUUCGACGGUAGACCACAAACCGAUAAACCCUCCUGAAAGGGAAAGGAUUUUAAGUGCAGGCGGUACGGUGGUUCUACAGAGGCUUAACGGGAGUCUGGCUGUGUCCCGUGCCGUAGGUGACUACCAGUACAAAGGCGAUUCAAAGCGUCCGCCCGCCAGACAACUUGUUUCCAUUGAGCCGGACGUCUACGUCUUAGAACGAGACGAGGAAAAUGACGAGUUUCUUGUCUUAGCCUGCGACGGGAUCUGGGACGUUAUGUUAAACGAAGACGUAUGCGAUUACGUAAGAUAUUUACUGUCGAUAACAAGCGAUUUGGAGUAUGUCGUAAAUCACUUGAUAGACACCUGCCUCUUCAAGAAAAGCUUCGACAACAUGAGCGUUAUCCUCAUCACAUUGGCCAAAGCGCCGAAACCGUCUCUUUCCAUUAUCAAACGCGACGAGUCCGUAAAUCGAAAAGUAGGGAACUUAGUCCGCGGCAUCAUUGGAAAUCAUUGUGAUGUGGAUUUCAAGGUUAUUCUAAACGUUCUCGAAGAAGAAGAUAUCCAAGAUCUACCACCUGGAGCAGGUCUCAGUGCAAAGAUGUCAUUGGUUCAGCAAAUAUACCAAGAACUGUGCCCUCAUGAGGCGGACAAAAAUUUUUACAUUUACAGGUGGAACAGCAUUUGGCAUUCAGUUAAAUUUAAUGGAACGACGUCGUGUGUCUAAUGUCUACCCGUGUAAUAGCAAAUCACUGUAAGUACGGAUAAAAAAGAAAAUGAUAAACAAACUGAACAAAAUGUCUCCUGAAAAAACAAAUAAAUGAAUACUACACAUA